AACUUUCUUAAUAAUACGAAACUUUUUUUUGUAAAGUUACUGAUACAUUUCGGGUUCUUCAUUUACAAACAAGUGCAAACAAAACAUUGUUUGAUAUUCGCAUGCAUUUGUACGAGGGCCGAAUUUGGGGUUAUUAAAGGGAGGUAAUUCUCCACUGUACAGAAGUACAUGUUUUUACCGGACAUUUAUAAAAUAUGAGUUAUUGGAAACAAAUUAAAAUUAAUAUGAAACAUUCCUGAACACGUUAAGAUAACGUAAAAACAUUAAUUUGAUAGUGGAAUAUGUCGUCUUAUGCGUGUGUAAAUAAAGUUUAAUGUGUUUUCCAAUAUCGGUGCAAACAAAGAUCUAUUAAUAAACACGUAGAUCUAUAUUUAAAGAUUUUUGAUCAAACGAUAAUAUCCUUUUUCAAGGGAGAAAAUCCAAACAGUGAGUAUUUAAUGUUAAUUGAGAUUUUCUGCUAUUUCUUUGAAAUGUUUACUAGGUUCAUUUUGCAAGCAAUUCAUAUAUCUGUAUACAACAAAAAGUGCCGAUUUUAAAUGUACGAAAGCAAUAAUUUAAAUAGUGUUUGAGUGUCAGCAACAGCAGUUUGUGGUUAAAAAAAUAUUGUAAAGUAAAAUAAUCUGCCUAUUGUAGUAGACGAACGAAAAUCACAAGCGCACGGAUAGGGUUUCGGUACAGUCUCGGCGAUUUAAAGCGAAAAAGUGCUGAUUUUAACAUUCAAAUCUGCUCAUUUUGGAAGAUGUUGUAAACAUGACGAUAAAUAUGUUAUUAAACUAUUCAUAAUUGCAAUUUCUUUGCGAGAUAAAUUGUGUGUUAUUGCAGCUGAAAAUGUACUCUUUUUAUUGGCUAAGAAAUCUAAUUUUACUCAUAAGUUAACUAUAACUAUACUGUAUACUUACCAGUCUUAUUGAUCACCGUGGCGCAAUGGAUAAGAUACUCAUAUUCUUUUGCUCUACGUCCAGGCUAUCCGAGAUCGUACCCGCGUAGAUUUUGUUUCUAAAUCUUAUUUUAAUUUCAGGAUGGUGAAAGCCUACAAAUGCAUUUGCUGUAAUAAGCGUGCAAAACCAAAAGAUCGUCGUCCAUUGACUGACACUGUUAAAAACUAUCUACGAAGGGUCUUUCCUGCUGUAGAUCCAACAGACAGUGAUGUCAUUUGUUGUCAAUGUCGAGUCAAAAGCUACAAGAAUGCCCCAAAGCCUAGGCAAUGUUCAGACAACCUCAGCAAUGAUCCUGACAACCAACCCCAACCAUCUACAUCCAGACAGCCAUUUAGCCCAUUAUCAAUCACCCUGCAAAUUCCAUCAACCAUAAGAAGCCAUUCCAGAUGUUUUAUAUGUAAGCGCCCAGGUCCAAAAUUGAUCUCAUUGCCAGCAGAAGGUCGUUUAUCCGCCUUUAUAGAUCACAACAUUAUUAUUUCCGCGGAUUCCAGAUGUUGUCCAUCUCACGUCUAUGAAGGGACAUUGACCGAGACAGCUUUAAUAGAUAUGAAGACUAUUACAGAAACAUCUCAAAUGAAUAGAACAGGCGUCAACGACUUGUUACAAAAAUUAGAAAGCUUUACCAACAACAGUCAAGACAUUUGAAUUUUGACAAUUUAAGUGAUGCAGAUUGUCAGUCACUUACGAAGCUAAAUCGAGCCCAGUUUGAAGAUCUUUAUAAUCAUCUUUUUGACAAGAUAAAAAACACCCCAAAUAGAUCCAUCAAAACCAGUAUUGGCAUAUUCUUAUGCAAACUGUGUUCCGGUAUGUCCAACAGGCCGUUAUCGACGAUCUUUGGAAUUACAAAGUCAAGUAUACGCCGUGCAGUAUCAACGGUAAGGCAUGCAUUCAUGCGCGGUUUUGUGCCUCUGUAUCUUGGCAUUGACAGUGUCACUAGGGAAUCGCUGAUAAAUGAACAUACAAAGCCUUUAGAGAAGAAGCUGUUUGGAAACCAGGAAGAGAGGUUAAUUCUUGAUUUGGAUGGUACAUACAUCUACAUCAAUAAAUCAAACAACUUUCAGUUUCAGCGCCGUUCAUUUAGUUUGCAUAAGGGAAGGCCAUUAGUGAAGCCCAUGGUAGUUGUCACAACAACUGGACAUUUUCUGACAAUAGUAGGCCCGUACAUGUCAGACGGCAAGAACAAUGACGCAGCAAUAUUAAAUCACAUGUUGAAGACAAACAUAGAUGAUAUUAGGGGGCUUUUGAGAGAAGGGGAUGUAUUUGUUGUAGACCGAGGGUUCCGAGUUGCGUUACCCCUGUUAAAGGACCUCGGCAUUAAUGCUGAAAUGCCAGCCAUUAUGCAGAAAGGAGAAAAACAAUUGACUACGGGAGAAGCGAACGCGAGUCGACUAGUAACGAAAAUCAGAUGGGUGGUUGAAUCGGCAAACGCUAGAAUCAAGAGAUUUAAAUAUCUAGAUCAUGUGAUGCCAAAUAGCCAGCUGCCAUUUAUUGGUGACUUUGUUAGAAUUGUUUGCGCCAUCUCAAACAAAUACUUCUCCCCUCUAAGUUCCCCAGACCAAGUCGAACAAGAUGAAUUGAUCGCCGAAAAGAUGCUGCAACAAAAUGAAAAAGAAAACGAGCUGAAAAUGUUAGUAGAAGAGAAAGGUCUUGCUAGGAAAAAGACAAUUUGGCGGCCUAUUGAAGAUUGUGAAGUACAGGGAUUUCCGCGUUUAAGUGAUGAACAGCUAAGUGAACUUACACUUGGUGUUUACCAAUUGCGUUUGAGUUCCAGCUACAUGCAAGAGCAUACAACUGGAAAUUGUGACAUUAAAGUGCAUGUUCACGAGAAAAGUUUGAUUUCUGCAAAAUUGCAAAGUCGCCAUACAUCUAGCAGAAGGUACAUGCUGUGGAUACGUCACAGUGAGGAUAUGGUCGAAUCAUGGUACUGCCAAUGCAAGACUGGAUCGCGAGUGGUUGGAAUGUGUUCACACAUUGCAGCUGUGGUCUGGUUCUUGUCUGCCGGUAGAUAUCAGCAAAAGGAAAGUUUGGGGGUUCGAGACUGGGGAAAGUACCUGUCUGACGCCUCUGCAAUUCGUGUUGAUGAUUCAAGUUCUAGCGAGAGUGAUAGCGAAGUUUUUUAGACUGAUUUUAUUUCAUUCUACCAGUGUCUCCAUGCACGUUUCAUAUACAAGUUUUUAAGCCUUGGCUUUGUGUUAGCACUGGGAAACCUUGAGACAUAAGUGGAAAUUGCUCAUUUUGACAUUAACGUCAUUUUCAAUUGGGACCUGCUAUAAUGGAAAUGAUGUGCAUGGAUACAUGCUUUUAAUCAAAAUGUAUGCAUAGUCAUGUUAACAAAAAUGUUAUGAGCAAACAAUAUGCUACUGGUAUAACAUUUAAAUAAUUAGUUACUAAAAGGGGCCUUUUCACAGAUUUUGGCAUUUUUUAACUUAUUCAUUAAAUGCUUUAUAUCGAUAAAUGUAAACAUUGGAUCGUAAAAGCUCCAGUAAAAAAUCAAGAAUAAAAUUAAAAAAAGGAAAAGAACAUUGCCCGAACCAGGUUUCGAACCAGUGACCCCUGGAGUCCUGUCAGAGUUAUGAAGUAAAAACGCUUUAGCCUACUGAGCUAUUCCGCCGUGUACACAUGCUGCACGUAUUUUAUACCUUAUAUAAGCAAUCUUCGUAGUUUCACAAAAUUUAACGACAAAAACAGAACUCUCCAAAUUAUUCAUUCGUUUCGCGUUGCAACGCUUUAUAAUUUUUAGGUUUUAAAAUCGUCAAAAGAUGCAUAUAAUGGCUCUAUUAGACCAUGGUAAAUGUUCAGUAUUACUGUUUCCUCACAAAUAUCAUAACUAAAACGAAAAUUUGCGAAUCUGAAACAACUUUUUUCAAUUUUGUCAAUUUACCAAAGCGUGAAAAGAUCCCUUUAACAUAUGUUAAGAUCUAUAUAAUUCAUCAAACAGAUGAAGGGUUGCUUUUGUCUAUUUCUUUAUUAAUUGUUUAUAUUUCUGAUCAUUCUCGUUUACGCUAAUAGCUAUGAACUGUCUUCUUUUUCACUCUAGCGUGUAAAUGGAGACGAAGUCCGUUGUAACAUAAACUAUAGAUAAUAGUAUGCUACUGAAUUAUGAAAUGAAUGUUAUCGGUCAGGGGUUGGGAGAAUUGACAAAUCUACGAGGUUUACCGUCACAACUCUAGUGCGUUCAGUUACAACGAACGUUUGCCAAUCAUCGUUCGUUUCCGAUUCGGUCUUAUUGAACGAUUGGUUUCGCUAUCGAUCUACCUCCCGAAAGGGUUCGCUUCGGUUCGCGAAAUAUAGCGAACAUUGCUGUAACUGAAGCUGGAUUGGUCAUUGUCGGCUCGGGUACUACGUACAUGUACCCCGGGUACUCUUAAUUAUACUUACAUGUACCCCGGGUACGGUUAAUAUAUGUACUUAAACGUACCCGGGAAAUUUAACGCUUAAUCGGUCGUUGUCGGCUUUUUUUUUAUUAAUUAUAUUUACAUUUAUGUUAAUUUUCUGUAAAAUGGCUUUUAUGUUAUUGAAACUCGUACCCAAAAAGCAUGUUGAUGCAGUUUUUAUAAACAGAAGUUUGUUUAAGAUUAUCGGUAGCGUUUAACGACAUCGGAUUUUGGACUGGAAUACAAAUCGGGUAAGUCUAAUAUCGACCGGGUACGAUUAAGUAUAUUUACCGUACACGGGGUACAUGUAAGU